AUGUCUCAACCAGAGUUAUAUUCGUCAGACUGGUAUCAACAGCAAAAACUGGCUUCUUCUAUACCAAACGACGGCCGCGAACAGCCGCGAAAUUAUCAUUUGUUAAAUACGAUCCAAAAG